AUUUUGAGGACAGGCGGCGACGCGGGGCGCGGAGGUCCGCGGUGUGGGACCCGGCGGCCGGAUGGUGAAGUCGUCCCUGCAGCGCAUCCUCAACAGCCACUGCUUCGCCCGCGAGAAGGAAGGACACCGCGCCGGGGCCCCCGCCAGCCGCGCCAUGCCGCUCCUCGGACGCAGCGAGAGCUCGCGACCGGCGCCCCCCCGCAGCAGUCACCCGGGCCCCGGGCCUCGGUGGUGCUCCUGAUGGCCCUCACCCACCGCCGAAGAUCCCAGGUGGGCGAGGGGACGGCCAGCGGGAUCGCGGGCAAGCGCGGCUGCUCCACGCGGACGAGCGGCUGCGCGUGACCGAGGACGCGGCGGGCGGACCCGCGCGGGAGUUGGAGCUGCGGACCCGGCUGGGCGGCCGCGCCCUGGGCUGGAGAGGGGUGCUGCGGGGACCCCAGCUCUACCUGGAGUUGCCGGCCGGCGCGCUGCCCGAGGGCAGCAGGGACAGCCUGGCGGUCGUGCUGGAGUUCGCGGAGGAGCAGCUGCGCGCCGACCACGUCUUCGUCUGCUUCCACAAGGGCCGCGAGGACCGAGCCGCCCUGCUCCGCACCUUCGGCUUCCUGGGCUUCGAGCUGGUGCCGCCCGGACACCCCCUGGUGCCCGCGAGGGCCGACGCCUGCUUCCUGGCCUACGCCAUGGAGCGCGGGGCCCCCGCCUAGCCGCCCGCCCCCAAUAAAGCCUUGCA